AGCACGGUUGAAAAUGGAAACUGUUAAACAACACUCCAUCUUUCGCAGCAUCCGUAGAAGAUUCACUCGGAUUCCUUUCCACCGGUGAAACGAAACAGUUGCCGAACCUCUGCCGCCGGCGUGCUCAUGGAGGUUUCUGCCAUUGGCAGCAGCCUCUGGGACGGCGUCAUGGAGCUGACGAAGGUGGCGCAGGAAAAGGGUAGCGAUCCUGUGGUUUGGGCAAUGCAUAUAAGUUCGAAUUUGAACUCGGCGGGAGAGUCGUUGCCUUCGGUAGAGCUCGCAGACGUAUUAGUCUCUUACAUUUGCUGGGAAAAUAAUGUUCCUAUAAUUUGGAAGUUUCUAGAGAAAGCCUCCAUAUUCAAGAUCGUGCCUCCUAUUCUUGUUCUUGCUCUUCUUUCUGUCAGGGUUAUUCCAUGCAGACAUAUCCGGCCUGGGGCAUAUAGGCUGUACAUGGAACUCCUCAAAAGACAAGCUCUUGAACUUAAAUUUCAGCUAAAGCUGCCGAACUAUCUGAAGGUCAUGAAAUCUGUAGAUUCUGUUCUUCAUCUUUCGCAGAUAUUUGACCUUUCACAAAGAGAGCCUGGCGUUUUGGUGGUUGAAUUUGUUUUUUCAACUGUCUGGCAGUUGCUCGAUGCAUCAUUGGAUGAUGAAGGGUUGUUGGAACUCACUCCUGAAAAGAAGUCCAGAUGGGAUAUAAUAUACCAAGAAAUGGAUCUUGAUAGGCAUGGGAACUAUGAUGUUAAUAUCAAGAAGGCUGAGCAGUUUGAGAGAAUGCAGAAUGCAAAUACCCUUGUGGCUAUUGAGAUGAUUGGUCAUUUUCUUCAGGAUAGAACAUGUUCUAGGCUUCUUUGCUUAGCCCGCAAAAAUCUGCCUAAGCAUUGGCGAAGUUUUGUUCAGCGGCUGAAGCUGCUGGCAGCUCAUUCAUUGGUAUUGAGAAAUUCAAGAACUCGAAGUCCUGAGACACUUCUCAAAUUGACUUCAGAUGCUUGCAUCAUCUUGUCUCGAGAAUGCAAAACAAGUUCACAGCAAAAGUUCCAUAAAGUUACAGCUUUUGAAUGUCUUUCUUCCUCAGCAUCUAUCUGCCACGGUUCUACUCAUUCUGCUCUCUGGAUUCCUCUUGACCUGGUACUGGAAGAUGCCAUGGAUGGCUAUCAAGUUAGUGCAACAAGUGCUAUUGAAAUAGUUUGCAAUUUGGUCAAAACUUUACGGGCAAUAAAUGGCACCUCUUGGCAUGACACGUUUUUAGGCCUUUGGUUAGCAGCUCUUCGUCUUGUUCAGAGGGAAAGAGAUCCUAUUGAGGGCCCAAUGCCUCAUCUUGAUACACGCUUAUGCAUGCUAUUGUGUAUCAUGCCUCUUGUUGUUUCCAAUCUUAUUGAGGAGGAGGAAAGAAUACCCAUCGAUGAAACAGAGAAUGGCCCUACAGAUCACUGGAAAGAUAAGACCCCAGGAAAUUGCCGAAAGGAUCUAGUCUCAAGUCUACAGUCAUUAGGGGAUUAUCAAAGUUUGCUUUCUCCACCUCAAUCUGUUGUUGCUGCUGCAAAUCAGGCUGCCGCAAAAGCAAUGCUUUUUGUUUCUGGGAUCACAAUAGGAAGUGCAUAUUUUGAAUGUCUCAACAUGACAGAAAUGCCUAUUGACUGUUCUGGAAACUUGCGUCAUCUGUUAGUUGAGUCUUGUAUUGCCCGUAACCUCCUGGACAUGUCAGCUUAUUUAUGGCCGGGUUAUGUGAAUGGGCAUAUGAAUCAAAUGCCUCAAUGUGUGCCUGCUCAAACACCUGGCUGGUCGUCUUUUAUGAACGGAGCACCACUUAGUCCUGCAAUGAUACAUGCUCUGAUUUCAUAUCCUGCUUCGAGCUUAGCAGAACUGGAAAAGAUAUUUGAGAUUGCAACCAGAGGAUCAGAAGAGGAUAAAAUAUCUGCUGCUACCAUUCUUUGUGGUGCAUCUUUGAUUCGAGGAUGGAAUGUGCAAGAGCACACUGUUCAUUUCAUUAUUAGGUUAUUGUCUCCACCAACUCCAGUAGAGAAUACUGCAGGCAACAGCCAUUUAAUUAAUUAUGCUCCAAUUCUUAACGUACUUGUUGUUGGAAUAGCAUCAGUUGAUUGUGUUCAAAUAUUAUCGCUUCAUGGCUUGAUUCCACAGCUUGUGUGCUCAUUGAUGCCAAUUUGUGAAGUUUUUGGAUCAUGUGUGCCCGACGUCUCAUGGACACUAACAUCAGGGGAAGAAAUAUCUGCCCAUGCUGUGUUUUCAAAUGCCUUUAUUCUUCUUUUAAAACUGUGGAGGUUCAAUCAUCCUCCUCUUGAACAUGGAGUUGGAGAUGUACCCACUGUUGGAUCUCAACUAACUCCUGAAUACCUCCUGUUAGUACGAAACUCCCACUUAGUUUCAUCAGGUAAUAUCCACAAAGAUCAAAACAGGAGAAGACUCUCGGAAAUUGCAAGUUUGUCAUCACCAAAUUCUGUUUUUGUUGACUCAUUUCCAAAACUGAAAGUGUGGUAUAGGCAGCAUCAAGCAUGUAUAGCUUCAACAUUGUCUGGUCUUGUUAAUGGAACCCCUUUUCAUCAGAUUGUUGAGGGGCUUCUUAACAUGAUGUUUAAAAAGAUUAAUAGAGGAAGCCAGGCUUCUGUUACAUCUGGAAGCAGUGGCACUUCUGGGGCUGCAAUUGAGGAUACCUCUAUGAGACCAAAAUUGCCUGCUUGGGAUAUUUUGGAAGCUGUUCCCUUUGUAGUUGAUGCCGCUCUCACAGCCUGUGCUCAUGGAAGAUUAUCCCCCCGUGAAUUGGCAACAGGGCUUAAAGAUUUAGCUGAUUUUCUGCCUGCAUCUUUGGCAACCAUAGUAAGCUACUUCUCCGCUGAAGUAACUCGGGGUGUUUGGAAACCUGUUCUUAUGAAUGGAACAGAUUGGCCAAGUCCUGCUGCAAAUCUAUUAAAUGUCGAGGAACAGAUCAGGAAAAUUUUGGCUGCAACUGGCGUUGAUGUCCCAAGCCUUACUCCAGGAGGAAGCUGUCCGGCCACACUUCCUUUGCCAUUGGCUGCCUUUGUAAGCCUUACCAUAACCUACAAAAUUGACAAAGCUUCAGAGCGUUUUCUCAAUUUGGCUGGCCCAGCUUUAGAGUCCCUUGCUGCGGGUUGUCCAUGGCCUUGCAUGCCAAUAGUAGCUUCUUUAUGGACCCAAAAGGCGAAGCGUUGGAGUGACUUUCUUAUCUUCUCAGCAUCUCGAACUGUAUUCCUCCACAACAAGGAUGCAGUAAUUCAACUUCUCAAAAGCUGCUUCUCAUCAACCCUUGGCAUGAAUAUCUCUCUUAUCUCAUCCAAUGGUGGUGUUGGAGCCCUCCUUGGCCAUGGCUUCAAGUCUCAUUUUUGUGGAGGGAUUUGUCCGGUUGCUCCAGGAAUUCUUUACCUUCGUGCUUAUCGAUCAAUCAGAGAUAUUGUCUUCUUGACAGAAGAGAUAGUUUCCAUAAUAAUGCAGUCGGUGAGAGAAAUUGUAUGUGGUGGGGUUCCAAGGGACGGGCUAGAAAAGUUGAGAGCAGCCAAAGAUGGCAUAAAAUAUGGACAGGUUUCACUUGCUGCAUCAAUGACCCGGGUCAAACUUGCGGCUGCACUAGGGGCUUCUCUUGUAUGGUUAUCAGGAGGGUUGAUGCUAGUUCAAUUACUAAUAAAAGAAACUUUGCCUUCCUGGUUUAUAUCUGUUCACAGAUCUGAGCAGGAGAGGUGUGAUGGGAUGGUGGCAAUGCUUGGAGGAUAUGCACUUGCUUACUUUGCAGUUCUUUGUGGGGCUUUUGCCUGGGGGGUUGACUCAUCAUCUUCAGCUUCAAAGAGACGGCCAAAAAUUCUGGGCAUUCACAUGGAGUUUCUGGCUAGUGCACUUGAUGGUAAGAUAUCACUUGGCUGUGAUUCUGCCACUUGGCGAGCCUAUGUGUCAGAGUUUGUGAGCCUAAUGGUAGGCUGCACACCAAAUUGGGUGCUGGAAGUAGAUGUACAAGUGUUGAAGAGACUGAGCAAUGGACUGAGACAGAUGAAUGAAGAGGAGCUUGCUCUGGCUUUAUUGGGCGUAGGUGGGAUGGGUACCAUGGGUGCUGCAGCUGAGCUUAUAAUUGACAACAAAAUGUGAAUUGCUAUAACCCUUUUACUAGUAUCAACAUAUUGUAGGACGCAGAAUUUGUAAUCUGCUCUAGUUUGAUGCCCUAAAGUUGCGCCGUGUUAAUUUCUUUUGGAAAAGCAUCACCCGUUAAGAAUGAAAUUUUCUGUACGUAUCACUAUCAUGUUAAUCUUAAAGUUGACAAGCCUAUGAAAUCAAUGUUCAUUUGUCAACCACAAAUGGUUAGUAGUA